AUGGCCCGAGAAGUUCCCAGAAAACACUACAACAUAAGUCCAGCAGACUUAUUGUUCAAUGGAAAUCCUACUUCUGUUAAGGGUCUUCAACUUAUUUUUGACAGUGGCUCCACCUACACAUACUUCAAUUCCCAAACUUAUCAAGCUACUUUUGAUCUGGUGAAUAAUGAUUUGAAUGGGAAGCCUCUGAGUAGAGCAACUGAUAAUCAAUCACUACCAAUUUGUUGGAAGGGUGCAGAGCCUUUCAAAUCAAUAAGUGAUGUGAACAUGUAUUUUAAGCCCCUAGCACUGAGCUUCACAAAUUCAGGGAAUGUUCAGUUUCAACUACCACCAGAAGCUUAUCUAAUAAUCACUGAACAUGGGAAUGUCUGCUUCGGGAUUCUAAAUGGGACUGAAGAAGGCUUUGAAAAUAACAUAAUUGGAGACAUCUCUUUACGAGACAAGAUUGUAAUUUAUGACAACGAGAGACAGCAGAUUGGGUGGGGAUCAUCUCUCAAUUGUAUCUGA